AUGGCACAACCCAAAGCCUUCCUCUUUCUCUUACUUUUUCACACCACAAAGAUCAUGAUGACAGUAGCAGAAAAAUCUUCUCUUCCGGUUUUUUUUGUCAAUAAUGUUCACAACCCCAAUAUGACCUCUUCCAUGAAUGCUGAAAUCGAAAGUUGUACAUUUUUCAACAAUACCAAAACUGGGGCUCUUUGGGGUUAUCCUCUGGCAAUAACAACAACUAAAUUUGUGAAUUACCAACACAACAACAACAUUAAGGAAGGUUCUGAUGGAGGUUCUCUCUUUCUUUCACAUACCAGUUGCUCCAUCUUAUUUUGCCGUUUCAUUGGAAAUAGAGCCAAUAAUAGUGCUAACUAUGCAGGAGGAUGUAUCUUCAUUGAACAUAUGAUGGGAAACUUUGAUCACACCCAAAGUUUAUUUGAGGGAAAUUCUGCAUUAUCAUAUGGCAAUGAUACAGCAGGACCAUUACGAAGUAUAUCUUAUGAAAUUUCUGUAUCUGUAUUGAACAAGGAUGGAGAUUUCAUUACAUCUCAGGUCUACAAAAACCCUAAAGUUCCACAAUUACAUUUAUAUCCGGGCUAUUUAAUUCCAUACAUUAAUGUAUCGAUAUGGGAUAACCAUCGUAAGAAGAUUACAAAUGCUGAACGAAGGAUCACAAUUCAACAAUUUGAAUCAAACAUUCCGGUGUGA